AUAUGUCGUAUCGUUGCAGAGGGUGCCUGCCCUCACACAUAGGCAGUUGUCGGCUUGUCGGUUCAUGGAGAACUGCAUUGCUGAGAUGCUCACACUGGAGCCCCAGGCCGCCUAUCGUAUCGCGUUUACGAGUAGUCACCUCUGUCUCUACUUGGGCACGCUGGACGUGGCUCGUAUAAUAGGUAUCCGUCAACUUGGUGUCAUAUUGCGGUCGGCUAUGAAGGCCCAAAGCAAGGGCAUCAAGUCGAUUACUCCUGGGCAGCCAGCUGGGGGGUCUAAGGCAAGCAAAGCGGCAGCAGGAGGAACAGCUGGUGUGGAGGCGGUGCGUCAACUGUAUAGUGUAUGCUAUGUGAGAAGCUCUGCGGUGUGGGUUGCUGCUAUGGAACGCCUACCGGAGCAGUUAAAGGACUUGUUGCACCCGCUAAUGGUGAUACUGUUGUCUGCGGCUAAGUCCAAGGAAGGCCACACUGUCUAUUUGCCCUUCAUGCUGCAUAUGCUGGAGCUCGCCAACUCUCUAGCCGAAAAGGCUAAUGUCUUCGCUCCGCUCACUUCCCUUCUGCUCCGAGGGUUGUCGAACUUAGCGGCUAAGGAAAAGCAGCAGACCAGUACUAGGCGACCAGCCACUGCCUCUACUGACCUGAAGCCGACUCAGGUGGACCUCGUUGUGAGGGUGUCCGAGAGGCAACUUGACAACCGUCCAACUAGCCAGGCUUUGCGGAA